CCGCACCAAAGAUGAUGGGAGGAUGACCGAUAUCAGCUGGUAAGUAAUCUGAAUUGUCAACAGCGUCAGGCUGCAUGUCGGUUUUUGCUUCUUCUUGCGUUAUAUUCGGGUUAGUUUAUUAUCUGACUGCUUGAUAUCUGUAUCGAUGAUUAAUUUCUAGUCCUUUUCGUGUAGUGAUAUCGAUGGCCUAUGUCUUCAGGCGUAGGGUUAUGCCCUAUCUCGAAAUCGAAGGACAGAACACUGCGCUUGUCGCGGCUUAUUCGCUUGCAAUGCCAGCGGCCGUACUACUGCUUACAAAGCAUAAUGCCGAAGUUUCGGCAUCAGUCAGUACAGCCGCGAGCCGUUCAUAGGAUGUAAGCCUUUUGUAAGAUACUUACUGGUACUUACCAUUGUGACUCCAUCCUUGAAUAAACCGUCGUAGCUGAAGCACGAAAAAAUAUGAAUAAGAAAGUUGAUGUGGCUC